CUCGUUCAGCAUGUAUACAAGAGAUAUCUCUUAAAAACUCUUAGCACAACAUACUUGUAAAAUUACUCUCUCUCUUUUUUCACCAUGGAUGCUGAGGGAAAAGCAGAGGGGAAAAGAAUUCAGGAAUCAGUAAGCACAGAUUUAGUCCUUGAUAUCCAUAACGGAUUCACAAUAGAUGAAAGAGACCUUACACAACCUAGCAAGGGUCCUGGGUACUACAUGGUUAACGUAUGGAUAAACGGAGAAGAUGCACAAAGAACGACAGCGGUCAAGUCUUUUGGAGGCGUCCAUCAAUUCAAAGAAAGAUUAGCAAUUGGUUUAGAUUCUUCUGCUUACAAAUAUGUUUACAUUGAGUUGGCCAGAGGAAUUUGUACAAAAGAUCCUGGAACAUCUAACGGUACUGUCGUGAUGGGUCGGGCGAAGAUUCGAUUGCCUCCUUGGAACAGUGGCAACAUGUUCACUUCUAAGGUCAACCUCAUUGGUUUGAAAAGUGAUCGAAGUGUAGUUGUUAAGGGAUACCUACAUUUGUCUAUGCAACUUCAUAGAUAUCUUGCGUGAUAAUUAUUAGGGUUUUAUUUUUAUCUUACUUGUGUUUUUGGCCUCAACUGUUGUGUUUGGUUUUGAUAAGUUAAUUUGAUUA